GACCCGGCUCCGAGCCGGCCGGCCUCCCUCAGGGUAUCGGGGGAAGGGGUCCCCUUACCCACGUCUUUCUCGCCCCCGGGACUGGAUUCCCCUACCCGGCUCCCACUCCACAGCACAGCGGGGACGGGGGCGGCGAAGCCAGGCUCCAGCUGCCUUUUGUUCCGCGUGGGAUGGCAGAGACCUGGCGGCCCUAUUGGGCGAGUCCGGGUGGGCGAGCCGCGCGUGGGGUCGGCCUCUUCCGGGAGACCCUAGCUCUCCUGUGGGCCGACUCCGUCGGAGCGCGAGCCGAGCGCGUUGGGAGAGGCAGGCCAUCCCUAGAGGAGUCCGGGCCAACAGGUUUUUGUUUGCAACCUGAAGUUUGCCCAGUGGUUUUGCAGGGGGAGCAGACGGUCUGAGCUCCCUAGAAACCCUAGGUCGGUCGGUAUAAGUCUGUUCCUUGGUCUCGGGCCUCAGUCCUUCCCAGCGGCCUCUUCACUUUAGUGCUGCCUUGGGAACGGAUUUGAAGUCUAUGUUUCAGAAAAGAUAGGAUUUAGCCAUUCUUGUGUUUUUUGACUAGGGGAACUAAGGCCCCAAAAUGUGUUACUUUGCCCAAGGUCAUCUAGGGAUAGGGUGUUUGACACAGCUGGAAGCCCCAACGCUGGGACACUUUAGGAUUUCUUAAACGUUGAGGAUUUCCCCAAAUCACUUGCCUGCUAUUUUUAACAUUCAUACAAGAAAAUGGGCAAGGAAAGAUGAGAAAGACGCGUGAAUUCUUCUUUUGCACACUCGAGAGAAUACCCUGUGGAAGAUGGGAUUGAAAUGGGGUUGAAAAGAUUGAAAAAGGGCAUGGCUGCCAGCUGCUGGGACCUGAGGCUUUGGAGGAGGAAAUGACCGUGGAGGACCUUUUUGUUCCAUCUGCAUUUCUGACACGGAAACUUCCUAGGGCGCAGGCUUAGGGGACAGGAAAGUUUCUCUUGAAGGGCUUCACAUUUGUAACAAAGAAGAUAAAAAUGACAACUUCAUCUAUCAGACGGCAGAUGAAAAACAUUGUGAAUAAUUACUCAGAGGCUGAAAUCAAAGUCCGGGAAGCCACCUCCAAUGACCCGUGGGGCCCAUCCAGCUCUCUGAUGACUGAGAUUGCUGACCUGACGUACAAUGUGGUAGCCUUCUCAGAGAUCAUGAGCAUGGUUUGGAAGCGGCUUAAUGACCAUGGCAAGAACUGGCGCCAUGUAUACAAGGCGCUGACACUGCUGGACUACCUUAUCAAGACAGGUUCUGAGCGGGUGGCCCAGCAGUGCCGUGAGAACAUCUUUGCCAUACAGACUCUGAAGGACUUCCAGUACAUUGACCGUGAUGGCAAAGACCAGGGUAUUAACGUCCGAGAGAAGUCAAAGCAACUGGUUGCUCUUCUCAAGGAUGAGGAGCGGCUGAAGGUUGAGAGGGUUCAGGCUCUCAAAACCAAAGAGCGUAUGGCUCAGGUGGCCACUGGUGUGGGCAGCAACCAGAUUACCUUUGGCCGUGGCUCCAGCCAGCCCAACCUUUCUACCAGCUACUCAGAGCAGGAGUAUGGCAAGGCUGGGGGCUCGCCGGCAUCCUACCAUGGCUCGCCAGAGGCCUCGCUGUGCCCCCAGCACCGCACAGGGGCCAUGCUGGGUCAGAGUGAGGAGCUGCAGCCACUGAGCCAGCGCCACCCCUGCCUGCCGCACCUGGGCCUAGCCUCCCACCCUAAUGGCGACUGGGCCCAGCCCUGCCUCACUUGUGACCGCGCAGCCCGAGCUACUUCCCCACGAGUGUCCUCUGAGUUGGAGCAGGCCCGGCCACAGACAAGUGGAGAAGAGGAGCUGCAGCUGCAACUGGCACUUGCCAUGAGCAGAGAGGUUGCAGAACAGUCAUCAGAAAGCGUGCAGACAGCCAGAGGCAGCAAGGAAGAACGCCUCAGGCGGGGUGAUGACCUCAGAUUGCAGAUGGCUCUGGAAGAAAGCCGGAGAGACACAGUAAAAGUUCCAAAAAAGAAAGAGGUGAAAGCUUGCUGCAAGCCAGGCUCCCACUCACAGCAGACUACCUUGUUGGAUUUAAUGGAUGCCCUCCCCAGCUCAGGCCCUGUUACACAGAAAACUGAGCCCUGGAGUACAGGAGCCUCUGCUAACCAGACCAACCCCUGGGGUGGAACAGUGGCUCCUGCGAACAUUACUGACCCCUGGCCAUCAUUUGGUACCAAGCCAGCUGCCUCUGUGGACCCCUGGGGAGUGCCUACCACAGCCAGCACACAGUCUGUCCCCAAGAACUCAGACCCUUGGGCAGCCUCACAGCAGCCUGCCCCCAAUGCUGGAAAGACAACAGAUGCCUGGGGAGCUGCCAAGCCCAGUUCUGCCUCAGGGUCCUUUGAGCUCUUCAGUAAUUUCAACGGUACAGUUAAAGAUGAUUUUUCUGAAUUUGACAACCUUCGAACUUCUAAAAAACCAGCUGAGUCGGGGGCCUCAGUGCUACCCCAGGAUAGCAGAACCACGAGCCCUGACCUCUUUGAGUCUCAGUCCUUAACUUCUGCCUCAAGCAAGCCUAGCAGUGCCCGGAAAACACCUGAGUCCUUCCUAGGCCCCAAUGCAGCCCUGGUGAACCUGGACUCACUGGUGACUAAGCCUGUUGCACCAGCUCAGUCCCUCAAUCCCUUCCUGGCACCAGGUGCUGCUGCUCCAGGCCCUGUCAACCCCUUUCAGGUCAACCAGCCCCAGCCGCUGACACUGAACCAGCUUCGGGGGAGCCCUGUCCUGGGAAGCAGUGCAUCCUUUGGGUCUGGUCCAGGGGUGGAGACUGUGGCUCCCAUGACCUCAGUAGCUCCACACUCAGCAUUGGGGGCCAGUGGCUCCUCAUUGACACCACUGGGCCCUACAGCAGUGAACAUGGUAGGCAGUGUGGGCAUUCCCCCAUCAGCAGCUCAGUCCACGGGCACAACAAACCCUUUCCUUCUCUAGUGCCCAGGUGGGGACUUGUCUGAGUGAACACCCAGAGUGCCGAGCCCAAGGACGUUCAAGUGGGGACUCACUCUGAUUUGUGUAGUGGCUGAGAGUAUGGUGGUAGGGGUAGUAGAGCUUCAGGUCCAGCUUCCUGGUAAAAGGGUGGUUGUUACAAUCCAGACCUUCAGGCUGCAGUGUGGGUAGGAUGGCCUCACCGUCCUAGUCGGGCCCCUGUGUCUCUUCCUAUGUGCUCAGCUCUACUGAGGUCUGGAAAGGAGGUGUUAUCAAUGUUGCUCAAGACUCUGGGGUGCUGCCUAGCCCAAAUCUUGGGCAGUCACAUUGUGCCCCACCCCAGUUAUCUUCAGGGUGCGGACAAGGUGAAGCUCUAGCCCCACUUGACACUGACCAUUGGGAAGUGGUUGUGCAUAUUUUAUUUUCCUUUGACUCAAUGUGAGUCCAAGGUAAACACUACUACCACUGUGGAGCUUUAAGCUGACUGGAGCGCGACCCUGCCCUGUGGCUCUGUGCUUGUGCACGUUUGCACAUUCUGUUGAGUACAGUUUCAUAUUUGAGUUUGCAAAAUUAUCUAAUAGUCUUUUUUUGGCUAAUAUUUUUAUAAUGUGGUUCUUAUUUAACUGUCUAGUUUUGAUAGAAUUGACCAAGUCUGGCUGAAUUAAGGUCUUGGCAUGUAUUAUUUAGUGGUCUAAUUUCUCUUAUUUAUGGUUUUAACUGUAAGAAAACUUUAAAAGAAGAGAUAUUUGGAUGACAAAAAUAUGCCUUAUGGAAAACUAAGCAAAUUCUUUAUAGAAAAAAAAACGGAAUUUGAUUACACAAAAAAAUUUAUUAAAGCAAAACAAAAACUUCCAAGAAUAACAAAACUCGCAGCCUCUAGUUGCCUUUUUCCUUUCUUCAGCUCUUUUGAUGAGUUACCAAAUCAGUCGACUCUUCAGCAUUUUUCUCUUCAGCCUAGAUCUGAGAGGCUUUUGCUACUAGUAUAUUGACAUCUUAAGGUUAAAAGGAAAAACAAUGCAUGAUUGUGACUUGCCAGUUUUUAUCAACUAAUCCCUUUUUUUGUACCUGGAAUGCAGGGAUUGCCAGGGACUUCCAUUUAUUGCAGACCAGAAGUGUGGCUGGCUGCCCCAUCACCAUGCUCAGGUUAAUGAGAUUGUGUGAAAAUGGGGGUGGGCCCACUUGUGGGCUCAGAGGUCACCAGGGAUGGUCCCCCUAGCUGAGUCAUGACAGGAACUGGCCCAGGUUUGUCUGCCUGCCAGCUCCAACUCAGGCUACUGACCAGGAAGUAACCACAUCCUAUUUUGGAGAUGAAAAAGUCCUCCCAAGGCAUAGAGUUAACAUAUGUGCACUGAUACUACCCUUUCUCUCCAACCUCCUGCUGUCCUCACUUCUCACCGUGAGGCCACAGACUUGCCUUUCUUCAUAGAAAGGACUGCCCCUUCUUGGUCCUGGCAGUUUGGGUAUCCUUCCUGCAAUAUGGACUUCUAACCUUAAGCUCAAGGACACCCAGCCGCCUGCCAGCUCCUCUCUGCAUCCAGAGAGACUUUUGGCCCUCAGCACCCACAUAGUUGACUCAGUGGUUACUGUUUGAGAAAGGACUGCACUCCAGCCCCGCCUGAGUCUGAGUCUACAUGCUGCUCCUAGGUCCCACAAGCCAAGGGCCCUUCCUAACUACCCAUUCUACCCAGGACCAGAGGCCUAGGAAUAGGUUUGGGCUCUGCUGUUCAGGAAGGCUGAUGGCUGGGCUCCUGCCUGGGAAAGAUGGAGGCAUCACAGGACAAGGUAGGCCAAGCACCAGCCCAGAUUGUGCUUCCUUCAGAUUGUAUAGGCUAGGGCCAGAACUGCCUGCGGUGGGCCCAUGAUUCUGCUCCAGAAGACAAGAGCCCAUCUGACUGGGACCCCAUCCCAGUAGCCACUGGGCUCCUCCUUCCACAGGCCAUCUAGCGCAUGUCCCUGUUACCCGCUGCACUGAUCAUGAAGCCGCUGGCCACUGCCAUGUGUGUUGCACACGUGCCACCAUGCCCUUCCUGAUGAAUACCCUCAAGGAAGUCACCCAGCUAUUUCUCAGUCCCAGGGCUGGUGGGUGGUUUUGGAUUUGUGUUGACUGUUGAUACUUAUUUACUGUAUAAAUAUAAUUUAUCAUUUGUAUCAUGA